AUGAAUGCACUUGACGGAUUGAGGCAAGUGGGAUGCCCAGACCAAAAUUCAUGGUUGAUUUUAAGUCUCGAAAAUCGAACUGUUAAAAAACCCGUUAUAUUAGCACCAAGACGUUGUUUUGGUAACCAAGCCUCUGCACUCGUCGCUAUCGGAUACUACAUGGCGGCCGAAUCAAAUAAGAAGUUUUUUACACGCAGAAUUGGCAAUAAUAUGAUUGAAGUGGUAGAUUUAACAUGCUUUAUUGGAUUUAUCACUGAAACAAUGGAGUUAGACUAG